AUGGGUUCCUUCUGUCCAUUAUCCGCAUUCGCUGAUCUACCGUCGCCACCUGAAGAUGAACAAUCCACAUUAACAAAACUCUACGAUGUGGACUUAUGCGAGAAGAAAGUAAAUCUGACUCCUGAAGAAUACAAAGACAGAAACGGCGAACAAUGGGUUCUCCCAGUGGUGCGACAGGCCGAGCUUGAAUUAAUUAUGGACUCUUCUUUGACACAUAAAACCUCAAGUUUGUAUGGUAAUGAAGUUUUCAUCAAAGCCGCCCAGAAUAUGCUAUUUGGGAACCCGCCGCCGGAAUUACGCAAUAGACUCGCUUCCAUCCAAACAGUUUCCGGAACAGGGGCAUAUCAAAUCGGCGCACGGCUUCUAUGUGAUGCGUCAAAACCAAAUACCGUCUGGAUGUCAGAUCCAACCUCUGCAAGUCACCAUGCUAUCUGGGAUUUGGUAGGCGGUGUUCAGCGGUGCACAUAUCCCUAUACUCUCCCCGGUCGAUCGGGAAUCGACUUUGAGCGUAUGAUGUCCGUCUUGAGUACCCAAUCCCGAAGGAACGACAUCAUUAUUAUUCAAGUUUGUGCUCAUGAUCCCAGUGGUAUUGAUCCCACACCGAGGCAAUGGAUUGAACUUAGCGAGCUUUGUCAGAGGAAGGGCAUCGUUCCAUUUUUUGAUUGUGCUUAUCAAGGAUUUGCAUCGGGGGAUCCAGAUGCAGAUGUAUGGCCUAUUCGGUGUUUUAUACAACAGGGACUGGAGUUAUGCGUUGCACAGUCUUUUUCGAAGAACUUUGGGUUAUAUGGCGAGCGAGUUGGAUGCUUCCAUGCUGUUCUUGAUUCUUCAGAUCACCGCGAAGCGGUGGUUGAUAGAUUGUGUUAUUAUCAGCGUGGUCUUGUUUCGACCCCUCCUACAUAUGGGGCUAACAUUGUAUCUAUGAUCUUGACUUCGGAAGAUCUCUACAGGGCGUGGCGUUCUGACCUAAAGACUAUGACUGAUCGUAUCCAGAAAUUGAGACUGGGGCUAUAUAACGAACUGAUCAAGAGGAGAAUUCCGGGAAAUUGGGAAUAUCUUCUCAUCCAGAGAGGUAUAUUUGCUCGUACUAGUUUGUCCAAGCAACACGUCGAUCUUUUACGCGAAGAUUAUCACGUUUAUAUAAUGUCCACCGGCCGAAUUUCGCUUCCUGGACGUAUGUUGCUUAUCCUCCUAUCUUUAAAUGACAACACUAAGGAUUCAUAG